AUGGUUGGAGUCACUCAACUGUUACUUGGCCCUGCUUGCAGUUUAUUCAAAGCGUUGCUUCUCAGUGGCUGUACAAUAUAUGCAAUGCCAGGCAUUGCAAUAGCAUCAUACUGUCUGUUUUUCUCUUGGUUGAUUUUGUCAUUACUACUGCUCAAACUAAGGGAAAAACAUAGAGGAACCAGUACCCCAGAUUCCCCUCCUAAUGUACUGCCUACCUACAAGUUUAAAUCAAAGGAAAAUGGAGGUGGAGUGCUCUUGGCCGCAGGAACCAAAAAGAAGAGCGCCAGCUUAUCUGGAGAAGAUGUGGUUUGUUGCAUUUGCUUGGGAAAUUAUGCAGACAAUGAAGAGCUGCGUGAGCUACCAUGCUGCAGCCAUUUCUUCCAUGUGGAGUGUGUGGAUAAAUGGCUGAAGAUCAAAGCACGCUGCCCUCUCUGUCAAUCUGAGCAUGUAGAGGCUGGUGGGGCUGCAACAUGA